UACCAUUCAAAACAAAAAUUAUCUUUUAUUUCCAAAAAAAAAUGGUCAUGAUUCGAAGCCAAUCUUAUUGCGUUAUUACUUUAUAUUCCUUCUUUUUCCUUCUUUCCUUACUAAACACAUUUGCUUCUCCUACACGGUCCUUGUGCCGACGCGACCAAAGGGAUGCUCUUUUGGAGCUUCAAAUGGAGUUCCCUGCCUCUGCUGGCUAUUCAAUAUAUUCAUGGAACAAAAGCCUCGAUUGUUGUUCUUGGCCGGGUGUCCAGUGUGAUGCUAUCUUGGGAGAGGUGAUUUCAUUAUCCCUCAGUUACUUUACUAAUGCCAGCACCUCUUUGAAAUCUAGCAGUAGUCUUUUUAAACUCCAACAUCUUCAAGACCUAGAUUUUUCAAAUAGCAAUCUCCAAGGGGAGAUUCCUUCCUCCAUUGGAAAAUUUUUUGAUCUCACAUCUCUUGAUCUUUCAAAUAACAAUUUCCAAGGGGAGAUUCCUUCCUCAAUUGGAAAUCUUUCUCAACUCACAUCUCUUGAUCUUUCAAAUUGUAAUUUCCAAGGGGAGAUUCCUUCUUCAAUUGGAAAUCUUUCUCAACUCAUGUCUCUUGAUCUUUCAAAUUGCAAUUUCCAAGGAAAGAUUCCUUCCUCAAUUGGAAAACUUUCUUAUCUCAGAUCUCUUGAUCUUUCUUCUAAUACAUUAGUUGGUGAAAUUCCGGUUUCAAUCGGUAACCUAAACCAACUAUUAUCCAUGAAUCUUUCGGCUAAUGAUCUCAAAGGUAAUAUCCCUGCUUCAUUUGCCAACUUAACGCAGCUUUCUAGUUUGGACCUAGUGGCAAAUCAAUUCACUGGUGGGGUAGAUGUAGUAUUAGCCAAUUUAACAAGCUUGGCCUUAAUAGAUCUCUCCUACAAUCACUUCAAAUCCUCCCUUUCCGUUGACCUAAGUGGACUCCACAACUUGGUAUUAAUCAUAGGGAAUGAAAACUCAUUUUCCGGACCUUUUCUCUCAUCGUUGCUCAUGAUUUCUUCGCUACGCGAGAUUUCCUUGAGCCGAAACCAAAUGGAGGGACCUAUUGAUUUUGGGAAUACCUCUUCAACAUCAAACCUUGAAGUGUUAGAUGUUAGCUACAACAAGUUUAACGGGCUAAUCCCAAAAUCUAUAUCGAAAUUACGCAAUCUCUAUUCUUUAUAUCUUAGCCAUAACAAUUUCAUAGGUUCAGUCCCGGGAUCCUUAUCAAAAUUAGUCAACCUCUGCGCCUUUGACCUUUCCUACAAUAAGUUGGAAGGUCUAGUACAAAAUCAUUUGUGGAGAUCGUCUACCUUAUCGUCUGUGAAACUUUCUCAUAACUCUUUCACCAGCUUUGGAAAAUCAGUAAAAGUUGCUGUCGAUUUAGCAUCAAUACGUUAUUUGGAUCUUGCUUCAGGUUCACUCCAAGGACCAUUUCCCCAAUGGAUCUGCAAGUUAAUAUCUUUAUGGUCGUUGGAUUUGUCAAACAACCAUUUCACUGGCCCAAUCCCUCAAUGUUUGAAGAGUUUCACUUCACUUGUAGAUUUAAAUCUGCGAAACAACAGUUUCAGUGGAUUUCUACCAGAUUUAUUCAUAAAUAUCACUGUGUUACGAUCACUUGAUGUCAGCCACAACAAUCUGGUGGGGAAGCUUCCAAAAUCCUUGAUCAAUUGCACGAAUAUGGAGCUUCUGAAUUUGAAAGGAAACAAGAUCAAGGACACGUUUCCAUUUUGGUUAGGAUCUCUGCAAAGCUUGAUGAUUCUUGUGCUUCGAUCAAAUCAGUUCUAUGGUCCACUGUCCUUUUUAGGGUUUCCAGGUUUGCGGAUCAUUGAUAUAUCAAAUAAUGACUUCGUUGGAUCAUUGCCACACGAAUUUUUCACCACGUGGCCUGGAAUGUCAUGGGAUGAUAAUGACGAUCCAUAUACGUGGGACCACGACUUUUAUACUGGGCCUGGUACCCAUCGAUAUUCAAUGGAGUUGGCGUACAAAGGAGUAGACACUGAUUUUGAUAAGAUUAUUAAAGCAUUCAAAGCCAUUGAUUUUUCUGGAAACCGGUUUCGCGGACAAAUCCCUAGAUCGAUUGGCUUAUUGAAUGGAUUACGUCUUCUCAACUUGUCAGGCAACGCAUUCACAGGCAAUAUUCCACAAUCCUUGGCGAACAUUACAAAUCUCGAGACAUUGGACCUAUCACGGAAUCAAUUGUCAGGUGAAAUACCUCGAGUUCUUGGGAACCUCUCGUUUUUGUCCAACAUCAACCUCUCACACAAUCAUCUACAAGGUUUGGUGCCACGUAGCACACAGUUUCAAACUCAGAAAUGUUCUUCAUUCAUUGAUAAUCCUGGACUCUAUGGCCUUGAAGAAAUUUGUGAAGAGAUCCAUGUCCCCGUUCCUACAUCGCAGCAACAAGAGGAAUCUUUGUCUUCCGAACAGGAAGAGCCAGUGCUGAACUGGAUAGCAGCUGCAAUAGCAUAUGUACCAGGUGUGUUAUGUGGAUUAGUGAUCGGACAUAUCUUCGCUUCAUACAAACACGAGUGGCUCAUGUCGAUCUUCGGACGAAACUAGCCCACAAAUAUCACAAGUGCUCUUUAAUCCUCUUCUCUCAAGAUCUUGUCAAGGUUGUGCUCCACGGCUAAGUGGUUUGUUUGUCUUUGUAAUUUCCUAUUUGUAUGUUUUCUUAAUAAGUUGUAAUGGUCUCAACAUUUUGUAAUUUAGUGUAUGUUUUUUUUUUUAAGUAAUCUAGUGUAUGUUUAUUGUAUGCUAGUUCUCAGUCUCGUACAGAAUCUCUAUUAAAUCAUGUUUUAUAUUA